AUGUACACGGCAUCUCUCGCCUUUUUCGAGGCCCUAUGGGCUGCUGGCGUGACGCAUUGUUUCGUCAACUUGGGCUCCGACCACCCCAGCAUCAUCGAGGCCAUGGUCCUGGGCCAACGGGAGAAGAAGGGUGCCUUCCCCCGUAUCAUCACCUGUCCCAACGAGAUGGUCGCCAUGUCCAUGGCCGACGGCUACGCCCGCCUCACUGGAAAGCCGCAAUGCGUCAUCGUCCACGUCGACGUCGGCACCCAAGGCCUCGGAGCAGCAGUGCACAACGCCUCGAGCGGCCGCGCCCCCAUCCUCCUCUUCGCCGGCCUCUCGCCCUUCACGCUGGACGGCGAGCUCCGCGGCAGCCGCACCGAGUACAUCCACUGGAUCCAGGACGUGCCCGACCAGAAGCAGAUCGUGGCGCAGUACUGUCGGUACUCGGGCGAGAUUAAGACGGGGCUCAACGUCAAGCAGAUGGUGAACCGCGCGCUGCAGUUCGCGAGGUCGGAUCCUCAGGGUCCAGUGUAUUUGUGCGGUGCGAGGGAGGUUAUGGAGACGGAUAUUCCGCAGCAGAUUGAGUUGAGGCAGGAGGAAUGGGAGCCUGUUAAGUUGGGGGGGUUGCCGGUUGGUGCGGCGGAGGGGAUUGCGAAGGCGUUGGCGGGUGCGAAGGAGCCUUUGUUGGUUACGGGGUAUUCUGGCAGGAACCACAAGAUCCCCGACGCGCUGGUGAGAUUGGCCGAUAAGGUCAAGGGUCUGAGGGUGCUUGAUACGGGUGGCAGCGACAUGUGUUUCCCUGCGAACCAUCCGGCAUGGGUCGGUCUGCGAUACGGCAUCCACGAUGCCAUCACUACGGCGGACGUUAUUGUUGUCAUCGACUGCGACGUGCCCUGGAUCCCGACACGGUGCGCGCCCAAGGAAGGGGCUAGGAUCUUCCACAUCGAUGUCGACCCGCUGAAGCAGCAGAUGCCCGUGUUUUACAUCCCCGCCCAGGAGCGAUACCGCGCCGAGGCGCUCACCAGCGUCGAGCAGAUCCUCGCCGCGUUCGAGGCGACGCCCGAACUCCAAGCGCAGCUGGAUUCGGACGAGGCCAAGGCGGCCGGCAAGGCUCGAGAGGAGUCGUAUAACGCGUUGCUUAAGACGAUGGAUACAACAUACCGGCCGCUCGAGGAUGGGUCCUUUGGCACGGGUCACCUCUGCCGGACACUACGGAAGCUGUGUCCCGAGGACACGAUCUGGGCCGUGGAGGCGGUGACGAAUUCGCAGUUUACACACGACGGGAUUAUGCCGACGCUGCCUGGGUCGUGGAUUAACUGCGGUGGAGGUGGGUUGGGAUGGUCUGGUGGUGCGGCGCUAGGUAUUAAGCUUGCGUCGGAUGCGGAGCACGGCGGCAAGGGCAAGUUUGUGGUGCAGAUUGUUGGUGAUGGGACGUAUUUGUUCUCUGUGCCUGGAAGCGUAUACUGGAUUGCGAGGAGGUACAAGAUUCCUGUCUUGACGAUUGUGCUGAACAACAAGGGCUGGAACGCCCCGCGCCACUCAUACCUCCUCGUGCACCCCAACGGCGAAGCGUCGCGCGCCUCCAACGAGGAGAUCAACAUCUCGUUCGACCCCGUGCCGGACUACGCGGGCAUCGCCAAGGCGGCGGCGGGCGGAGAGCUACACGCGGCGCGGGUGGACAGGGCCGAGGACCUCGAAAAGGUGUUGGCCGAGGCGGUCAAGGUCGUGGAAGGGGGUGUGGCUGCGGUUGUGGAUGUCAAGGUUGUGAAGGGGUGUUGA